AUGGUCACCUCAGCAGGCCCUGCCUCCAAGAAGGCAAUCCAGCCAUCCCGCGACAAUGCUGCCAAGCGCAAGCAAUCCUUCUCUGACGAUGACGACAUGUCCGACUCGGAUUCCGACUCUCCCGACUCGCCCAACAAGCGCAACAGCCUCACUGCUUCUGGCAAACCAUCCGCCAGCCAGCAGCUCGUCCCCGUUCCCGGUCAGCCUGAUGCUCCUCUCGUCACAAAGCGCACCCUUCAGAACCGCAAGGCGCAGCGAGAGUUUCGCAAGCGUCGUGAGGCUCGUGUCAGAGAGCUCGAGGAACGAUGUCGUCGCUUCGAUCAGAUGGGUCUCGAAGCCAACACCGAGCUUCAGCGUCUCGCUCGCAGACUCAAAGACGAGAACGAGGCGCUCAAGUCGCUCAUCGCUCGUCUCGGCUUUGCGCACAUGAUUCCCGGCAUCAUGGACUCGAUCAACAACGCAGAGCAGCAACAGCAACCGCAGCAGCAGCCUCACCACGCACAGCACCCGCAUCACCACAUCCCUCAGUCCUUCGCGCCCAUGGACAUCGGCAUGGAUGCCUGGGCGCGUGCAGGCCCUGCCCCAAUGGCUGCCACCAACGACUUCUCUAACCAGCAGAACGUCUCAGCUGCCACCUCCGCCAACAAGCAGCCUAGCAGCCACAGCCGCGUGCAAUCAGCCCUCUCUUCUGCACCGACGUCUGUGCCCAUCUCUUCCCUCUCCUCCUUGCCCGGCCUCACCGACUUGCUUCCCGUCACUGCCGGCGGUGUCAACCCAGGCUUGCUCAGCGAUGCCAAUAGCAAGGGUCGCAGCAACAAGAAGCCGUCGGAGUCCAGCACCCCUGCUAUCACGGUGCCCACCACUAUCAAGUCGACCACCACUGCUCGUCCCAUCGAGGACAACAACAGCACCUUCGACAACGACUGGUUCGCACAGCUCGCACAGACUGGCCACGACAAGGACGACGCCGACGUUGACACUGCUGUCGCCAACGACGCUCCUGCACGCAACCAAAGCUCUUCUGCCAACCCCAUCCUCUCGCUCAACCUCGGCAGUUCGGCAGACAACAACAAGAACAUCAAGUCGUCCGCCAACUCGAGCAACAACGCCGCGCUCACAGGCUCCGCCAUGCUCGGCGCCAAUGCGCGCGACUUUGGCCUCGGUCUCGCCAGCGCUCUCGGUCUCCCUGCUUCUUCCGCAUCGUCCGCCAACAUCUUCCCCAUGCCCAUGCCAACGCAGCAGAACGGCGCCCUUCUCAACCCCAACCCCAUCCCCUUCGCAUUCAACCUCAGCGACAACAAGAUGCCUGGCGAUCAAAGCUGGUGGUCUCAAGUCGCUGGCAGCGCGCUCGAGGGCGAUGACAGCAUCCUCGACGAGAAGGCGCAGGCAGUCGCGCAAGCCACUGGCGCUGCUUCUCCCUUUGACCUCUCCGCUUUCCUCAACGGCGGCUUGACGCCCGGUGGUGGCGGCUUCACCUUUGGCAGCCAGCAGACCAACGACGACGAUGCCCUCGCCUUGCAGAAGGACAGCACCUCCUCUUCCGGCGACGACACGCUCAAGUCGAACGGCAAGAGCGGUGAGAAGCAACAGCAGCCGCAGCUCACGCAAGCCGAGCAUGCUCAGAUGUUCCUCCGCUUGCUCGAGGCUAAGAUGACCAAGCGCGGCACCAGCCCUUACGCUCAGCUCGGUUUCCAGCCCCCCACCCAUGCUCAGCAGUACGCUGCUGGUCCCAGCUUCUCCGACGCCAGCUCUUCCUCCUCCUCCUCCUCCAGCAACAACGCUGCCAAAGAGGAGGACGACUCGUCGCUAUCCCCCAUCAACGUCUACACACGUCUCGCGCAGCACCCCGCCUUCCUCUCCACCAACGCUACCGAGCUCGAGGAGCUCGUCGACUCGAUCUCGUCGUCGCAACGCCAGCAGCGCGGGGCGAUCUUCCAACCUCCGUUCAACAAGCGCAGGGCGACACCGACCAAGGUCAACGCUCCGGCGCUGUACCCACCGACACCGUCUGGGUUGACACCUAGCAUCUACGGGCCUAACGGCGCAGCGGCGUUGGCGACGCGCUCGCCGAGCUCGACCGGGUCCAAAGACUUGGAGGUCGACGAGAACGCCGUGACCAAGAUGCUCGGUCUGCUCGAUAGGAAGACGUCGCGCGAUGCGUCGGUGGGUGGGCUCGCGUUCUGA